UCAGUAGCUGCAGCUGAUGUUGUUGUUGUUGCCUACAUACAACCAGCAAAUUACAGAAUUUAGACAAUUCCACUAACGAAAUAUGGCUCAAGUUCCCUUGGCAAUUGUGUCGCACAAACGCCAAGUGUGCAGCCUCUACAAACGUGCCCUACGUAACUUGGAGGCGUGGUAUGAUCGCCGCGAGGUAUACCGCUAUCGUGCCGUGCUUAUGCGUGCACGCUUCGAUGAGAACCGUCGCAAGGAUCUGGCUGAGGGCAUGCGUCUGUUAGCUUGCGGACAACAGGAAUUGUUUGAGACAAAGCAUUUCCAGCCCAGAAACUUUGCAAAUAGCGCCGGCGGCUGCGCUUUUGAACGCGAAGUUAUCCCACCAGAUUGGGUGCUCGACUACUGGCAUCCGCUGGAGAAGGCACAAUAUCCAGAGUACUUCGCCAAGCGCGAGCAGCGAAAGAAGGAAUAUGUGACUUGGUGGGAGAAGCAGUACGGCAAGCCGGAUCCCAAGGAUCUGGGUCAUCAUUGAAAACUAGCGCCUAAAAAUAAUGUAGUCAAAUCCAAUUGUUUGUUUCUGAAGUAAAAAAAGAGGUUGGACAAAACGAGCGCUGUUU